AUGGCUGGAGACUCUUAUCUCCGGCCACCACCACACCCACCAUCCUCUCCUCCUCCACAUGUUCCUGAUCCAGCCUCAUUCCCACCUCUCUCCACCUCCCUCGUUUCCCAUCCCUUUGCGCCCAUCCCAUUCUCAGGCCACCACUUGCCCUGGAAUUUGCCUAUGGUGAAAUCUCCUGUUAUUGGCCCCUCUGUUCUUGUAUCUAGUUCCACCACUACUCCCUCGCUGGUAACAGCAGAAGGAGAAGCAACCACUACUCCUGUGUCAACUGAACAGGCAGUUACUGCCAGUUCAAACUUAAGCAAAGACCUUCAAAGUUCAGCAGCACCAGCCAUGAAUGUCUCUGGUCCUCUGCUUACUUCCAACCCCAUUCUUCAAUCCCAGCCCCUCCAAAACCCUACUGAUGGUGCUCCUACUAAAACUUCAAUUCCAACAGGCACCAACUCCACUAACUCAAAAGCCCCAAGGAGCCAUACAGUUAAACCUCUCCCAAGUAACUGGGCGAAGAGUCUCUAA